AUCUAAUUACUUGAAGCUCAAAAAUAAAAGUAUAAGUUCAGCUCUGCUAUAUACUUGAAUAUGGAAGGUAUCCUUAAGUGGUUCAUUGCAGCUCUUGCUUGCUGCCUUGUGACUGAGUUAGGAGGCCAGUAUUAUAAUCCAGACUUUUCGGUGCAAGAUUAUACUAAUGAAACCGAAACGAGGGAAUCCUUUAAGGAGGAGAUCGGUAACCAAAAGGCAUUGAAGCAUCUCAAGCUUGUGUUGGACGCCCAGUUAGCUAUUAACUCAGAUUUAAGAUCGGAGGUGCGCCAGCGAAGUGCCUAUCUACAAUAUGUAAACCAAGGAGUAGCCAAAGCCAAGCUAAAUUGGACCAAGACGAGGAAUGCAGUAUUGAAAGCCCGGCAAGUAUUGGCCCAGAAGAAAGUAAAAGUCGACUAUAGCUGGCUCUUGAUGGAGAGAUGCCAAAGCACCAAGUAUCGGGAAGACAAGGUACGUCGACUUGCCGAGAGGCUGGCCGACAAACAGUCCGACGAAUUCCACCCGUUGGCCAGGAAGUAUUUUCUAGUAAAGUACCUAAGAAUUCUGAAGGAUUUUGAAGACCAGAUAGUUCAAGAGACCCGUGCUGGCAUGGGGUUGUCCAGAAAGCGGAGACCCAAAAAGGUCGAAACGUCGAAUUCUGCAGACAUCGUUUAAUUUGAUGCUAUGUACGAUUGGUUUGUGUUUUGGAAAUAAAUAAAAGUUAUGUGACUGA